UGCAGGUCUCUCGGAGAGGAACGCGCAGCGGCUGAGGAAACAAGACUAGAACCCGUCUCUAUUCUGGCUCCACAGCUUAAAAACUGCGACUGUGAUUCUCUCCUUAUCUCUACCUGACAUUCUCAUCAACUUAGGGAAUACAAACAUCUUACAAGAAUCAAUUUGAAAAGGACAGACGGCCCUCACAGCCCCCUGUGCCUACACCCCAGUGAUGCUUAGCUGCUGUAUCCCGGAGGCCCAGCUCGACAGCUAGAGGAGAGGUCAUCACCAUGACUGCGUCCUCACAGGACUCCGCCCCCUCGUCUAUGGCUGGCCUCUUCCUACUCCUUCUCCUCCCGGCUGUUUUCACGCAGAACUCCGCUGUCCCAACGACCCCGACCCCAUCCUCGUUGGACCCCCUGACCCAUCCGGAGUGCACAAAGAAAGAACACCCAAAGGUUUCCAUCAGAGCGCUCAGUCCGUGGAUUUCAUCCUUCUCCCACCCUGGUGUGAGAGACUACUCCCAGCUCACCCUUGACCUGACUAGGAAUGAGCUUAUUGUGGGUGCCAGAAACUACCUUUUCAGACUGGACCUCAGUAACCUGUCACUGAUACAGGCGACAGAAUGGGCACCGGACGAGGAGACCAGGGGGUCCUGUCAGAGCAAAGGCAAAACAGAGACCGAAUGUCAGAACUACGUCAGAGUCCUGCUGGUGAACAAGACGGAGGUCAUAACAUGCGGAACCAAUGCUUUCCAGCCGCGCUGUAUCGCCAGAGAGGUGGGCAACUUGAGCAGCGUGCUGGAGAGCGUGAACGGCGUGGCCCGCUGCCCGUACGACCCUCGUCACAACUCCACGGCGGUGGUGACAGAGAGCGGAGAGCUGUACGCCGCCACCGUUAUCGAUUUCUCCGGCCGUGACCCCGUCAUAUACCGGAGCUUGGGCGGCAUGCCACCACUCCGGACUGCCCAGUACAACUCCAAAUGGCUGAAUGAGCCCCACUUUAUCUCGGCCUACGACGUCGGCCUCUUCACCUUCUUCUUCCUGAGGGAGAAUGCAGUGGAGCACGACUGCGGCAAGACGGUGUAUUCCCGCGUGGCGAGGGUCUGCAAGAACGACAUCGGCGGGCGAUUUCUCUUGGAGGACACGUGGACCACGUUCAUGAAGGCGAGGCUCAACUGCUCUCGCUCCGGGGAGAUCCCCUUCUACUACAACGAGCUGCAGAGCACCUUCUACCUGCCCGAGCAAGACCUUAUCUACGGCAUUUUCACAACCAAUGUCAACAGCAUUGCAGCAUCUGCAGUGUGUGCCUUCAACUUGAGCGCCAUCACCCAGGCCUUCAACGGGCCUUUCCGCACCCAGGAGAAUCCUCGUUCCACUUGGCUCCCCACGCCCAACCCCAUCCACAAUUUCCAGUGCGGUACUAUAGAUGACAAGGGUCUGAAUCAGGGCUUGACAGAGCGCAGUCUGCAGGACGCCCAGCGGCUUUACCUCAUGAACGAUGUUGUCCAGCCGGAGUCUGUUGAUCCACUGGUCAUGCAGGAUGACGUUCGCUUCUCAAACCUAGUCGUGGACAUUGUUCAGGGCAUGGACACCCUCUUCCAUGUUAUGUACAUCAGCACAGAGUACGGCACCAUCCUGAAAGCACUGGCUACCCCCAACAAGAACCUGCAAGGCUGUUACCUGGAGGAGAUGGAGCUCUUCCCAUCAGGUGUUCGAGAACCAAUCCUGAGCCUGCAGAUCCUGCAUAGUGACAGGUCACUCUUUGUUGGGCUCAACAACAGAGUCCUGAAGAUCCCGCUGGAGAGAUGCUCCACCUACAAAACGGAGACACUGUGCUUGGAGGCGAGGGACCCUUACUGCGGCUGGGACUUUAGGCAGCGCAGAUGCACCACGUUGGAGGACAGUUCCAACAUGAGCCAGUGGAAGCAGAACAUCACCGUUUGUCCGCUGCGGAACCAGACCAUCGACGGCGGCUUCGGGCCCUGGGCACCGUGGCAACCCUGCAACAACGAUGACCAGGGAAUAAUUAUAGAGAAGUUGUUGUUGCUAAUAUUUUUCUUUCAUAGAAAUGGAGGCUGGACACCCUGGUCGUCAUGGGGACAGUGUAGCACAACCUGCGGUACAGGCUUCGAGCUGCGCCAGCGUUCUUGUAACAACCCCUCACCUCGCCAUGGUGGCCGUGUGUGUGUCGGGCCUAGCAGGGAUGAAAGGUUCUGCAAUGAAGGGGUGUCCUGUCCCCAGCCUAUCUUCUGGACCCCGUGGGGCUCCUGGACAAAGUGCAGCACCGAGUGCGGUGGAGGCGUCCACUCCAGGGUCCGCACUUGCGAGAAUGGCAACAGCUGCCCAGGAUGUGCAUUGGAGUACAAGGCCUGUAACCUGGAGGCUUGUCCAGAGGUGAAGAGGAACACACCUUGGACACCCUGGAUGCCCGUCAAUGUCACUCAGGGUGGAGCUCGUCAAGAGCAGAGGAUGCGCUACAUGUGCAGGGCCCACCUGUCUGAUCCUCACGAGCUGCAGAUUGGACGGAAGAAGGUGGAGACGCGCUUCUGUCCUAACGAUGGCACCGUGGCCUGCGAGACAGAUACCCUUGUCGAAGAACUCCUCAAGACUCCAGUGGUGAGAGUAUCGGGCACAGGCUGGUCAUCAUGGGAGACCUGGUCAAGCUGCUCACACAGUUGCGCAAAAGGUUAUCGCACCCGUCGGCGAACCUGCUCUGGCCCAGAGGGGAAGAGUGCCCCCGUGGCCUGCCGCGGCUCGCCUGUGGAGUAUCAGGACUGUAAUGUCCAGGCAUGUCCAGUGAACGGUGCCUGGUCCUGCUGGUCGUCCUGGUCUCAGUGCUCAGUGGGUUGCGGUGGUGGGCACUACCAGCGGACACGCUCCUGUAACAGCCCCGCGCCUUCCAAUGGUGGAGACAUUUGCAUAGGACUACACACCGAGGAAGCCCUCUGCAACACGCACCCUUGCGAUGGUGGCUGGAUGGCCUGGUCGCUGUGGUCGGCCUGUGAUGACUCAGGCCUGCAGAUGAGGAGUCGUGUGUGUGGCGCUCAGGGCAACACCCCCUGUGUGGGGAACAGCACUCAGCGUAGAGACUGCAAUGAAAUACCCGUCAUUCUCCCUGCAUCUGGUUUUGAUAAGGACCAACACUGUGGAGCAUUUACCUCCAUCCACCUAAUUGCCACUGGUGUUUCCUGUUUCCUUGGGGCGGGGCUGCUAUCUUUCCUGAUCUAUGUGUACUGUCAACGUUUCCACAAGCCUUCUCAAGAGUCCGCCAUCAUUCAUCCCACCACCCCAAACCACCUCAACUACAAGGGCAAUACCACGCCAAAGAAUGAGAAGUACACACCAAUGGAGUUUAAGACACUGAAUAAAAACAACCUGCUGCCCGACGAAAGAUCCAAUUUCUACCCAACACCGCUCCAGCAGACGAACGUCUACACCACCACCUACUAUCCCACAGCGCUCGGCAAAUUUGACUACCAGCCCAACUCAUCCCCGUCACCGUGCAGGACCUACAACCACACUAACAAUAGCUGAGACCCGCCCCAAAUCCGGCUCUCCACCCCGCUGCCCCAAACGGACGCCACCCCCCAAUGCCAUGGUGACAUAACUGAACCGACAUGAACUAAGGCCAAGUUCCUCUGAUCACCAUCGCCCCCUGUCUUUGCUUUCUAGCCUCUUCUCGUUUGUUUUUAAGGGUCUUUUUGGAACUUUCCAUCAGGAGAUCUGGAUUGGAGAGGAAUGCCGCUGUCCUAUUAUAGUCAGGAACUUGUGCAAGCAGCUGGGGCUGUGUUGUUGUAAAGGCCCGACUGGAUAAAGCAGUGUCAACUCUCAGCUUCAUGCAGAGAACUAGUGGAAAACUCUACGAGGACGAGUAACGGCUUUAGACAGACUGUUAUUACCGCGCACUUCAGUGCAGAUGCCGGGUCGGUCAAGCAUCCGCACUUCCAGAGGCUAACACGAACACAAUAAAUUUAAAAAGAAGAAACAUUUCUGUGGAUCUGGGUCACCGUUUUAUGCCUCUCCAUCACAAACCACAUUUUCAGCUUGUAAUGAACUUCGAGUCCCUCGACAGCAAAAGCAGUUACAGAGAACAAAAAGCACGUAUAGCUACGUCCUUGCCACACAGCACAAAGCAAGAGAACAACAGUAAAAAAGAGAAAGCUCAAUGAAGUCAAUGCUGGAGUAAAUUAGAGAUCAAUAUCAGCUCGGUUGUUUGGGGGAGGGAUCCACGCCCCUCAUUGUUGCUAUUUCACACGACAGAAAAGAUAAGAAGUUUGGGGUUGGUUAGGGUUUGACUACGCUUCACAUCAUCCUCAGUCGAAGGAGAAAUAUACCGCUCAUGAUUCGAGUCCCUUGUCUUUAGUGGGCAGGGAUAUCGACUCCUACAGUCGAAGCACGGAGCGUUGGAAGCGUUCUGAACUGUAAAAGCUUUGGGAAUUCCGUGGGUGCCUGUAUGCAAUAGAAGGCAGGGGCGAGAUUUGUUUUAUUUCUACUUUUUUUUCCUCUAUUUUUUGUUUUCAAGAACAAUACAGACUUCUGGAAAGGAAUUGAUUGAUUCUCCAAUUGAUUCUCCAAUGGAUGCAUCGAUUCUGCUGAGUGCUAAAUAGCCCGGUGGUCAUAUCAAAUAUGGCCAGUGUGCUGAACAAGUGGAUUGGGUUUUCUAUGAUGGUAGAAUAAGCUAGUAGUCACUUGUUCAUUUUUUUUUUUUUUUAAAUGUUUGUUUUUCUAAGAUGAUAAUUGUUUUAUGCUCAGACGAGCUGUAGCAUAGGAAGAAAUAUUUUGUUAAAUAAGAUAACUAAUUAUUUCUUGUUUCUCUAAUUUCCAUUUCACCGAAUGAACACACUCCUUUUGUUUUUGAUUGUUCUGCUUUGUGACCAUUGCGUCUUCGAUACAUGAAAUGUUAACACACAAAAUAAAUAAAAGGAUUUCAAUUAUGUUGUUUUUGCAAAGAAUGUCAAAAAAUAUCCAUCUGGGCCCUCUUGAAGAGAAAAGAAAAUUGCUGAAUUACGCUUGCCUAAGUUUACCAGUGAACAUCAAAAGGGAUGCAUGCGUGUCUGAAUGUAAGUGCUUGAAUGAGCAAAGGGAGCCUACUGUAUUUUGUACAAUGUAAAUGCUUUCAUACAUAUGACUAUGACGUCUGUAAAGCGUGUGAAUGAGUGUACAUGUGUGCGUGUGUGUGUGCACUUCUCCACAUUGUGUUGCAGGCAUUCUACUGUUUCCUUUUCCUGUUUCAUGUCUGAGAUGUUAAUCAUUGUAAGUUAAAGCAUCACACCUCUGGUCCGUGCGGAGGUGGAAUGGAAGUUAUUUAUAGUCAAAGCUUGGUUUAUAAAGGGCAUUCUCACAGCUAUAUUUUAUUAUUAUUGCCUGAUCGAUGAAUGCUAACCCAGCAAUGCUUUUCAGUUCAGCUAAUGUACAUGCACGAGAUGAGAGCUCUAUCUGUAUAUAGGAGCGACAGCCUUCUACCCAUUUAAUGUCCUCGAAGACAGUUGUGUAUAUGUAUCUGUAUAUUGUAUAGCUAACACUGUUUGUUUAAAAAAAAAAGCCUUAUAGUUGUUUAAAGAGAAAAAUAAGUACAGCAGCUAAGUACACACCAACCAUGAGGUUUGUUUGGGGACAGAGCUCCACAACGUGACCUGUGACCUUUCCCAGCUGCUCAAACACAAAAUCUCCAGAGUCACAUGAACCCGGAGUGAAAAUAACCCACCAAUGAUCAUUUAUAGCGGCGAUAUGAAAUUUAAAAAGAUGUCAUUUUGAUGUAAACUAAGCUUGUGGUCAGACGGGCGUUCAACCGACUGGUCGAUCUCGAGCUCUGUCCCCUGCGAUGUGAGGCUCUGUGUCCUUCUAUGCAACUUACCAGGUGUACUGUUAGACCUGUCAUGUAGACAAAUGUAUAGUAAUCACUGCCUUUUAGACACUGUGAAUUUUUGGUACCCUAUAUUUUUGUAUAUUGUACAUUAUCAAAGGACAAUAAACCUUGAUGCCAACAUAAAAA